GGGACGCCAGUGUUAUCAUUAGUGUGAUAUAAUUACAGAUAUAUGUAUUUUUUCCACAUUAAAUGCGCAAUGGUAGCUGAUUACCAACUGUCUACCUCCUUAAGUCAUUCCAUUUCCCUGUUACAAUUAAAAAUCUGCGAGUGGGGAAGAACUCAAGUAUGCAAAUAACGCGUGCAGAAUAAGUCGGCUGGUCGCGGUAAAUAAUUAACGUUAUGCGGGGAAGCCAACGACGACAUGCACCUGUAGCACACGGCACACAUACAAGUCACAAGCAAUGAAAAUUAUUUGUUCAAAAGAAGACGAAGACGACAAAGAAAUACAUAAUCAAUCUAAAGGAAAAAAAACAUUUAUGCCCCAUGUCGUCUUUAUAUAACUGAACACACUUAGGAACACACUUACAUACACAAAUGUGUGCAUAAAAUAUCACAGCAACCGAACACAGUCAUCUGCAAAACUUGAAACUGACACAAAGAGAGUUUUUGCUCUAGAGAAAAAAAGUGUUCAUCUGGCUGAGGUUGACAAUGUUUUGGCAAUAAAUAAGUAAUCCUUUGCACCGAUCGCCGGAUAAACUUACACACCACUCAUACUAUCGUGCAAAUACGAUUGCUGGCAUAAGUCCACUUGCAAUGUCCUCAAAGAAGUCUCCCGAUAGAUUGGACAAGCUCAAGGAGGUUCUCAAUCUUUUCUUGCUGUCCGACUACUACAUCUCUUCGACGACUUACUUCGACAUACUGCUGACCCACAUCGAGAAGGGUAUUUCCAACAGAUGUUGCCCAAACGAAGAAAUCGACAAAUCCGUUUUGCAGAAAUGGGUUUUGAAAGCUCUGAACACUUGGACCGUGGAAAAGAAGCCCUGUCAGGCUGUGAUGGUGUUCACCGUCAAGCUAGUUGGGCUCUUGGGUCGCGAUGAGUUUGACUUCCUCUUCUGGUACCGUGAAGAUAUAUUCAAGAAACUGAGCGCCGUCUUUGCCCUAAACGAUGCAAACCUCCAGGCCUCUGUCAAAAUGGCCUAUACGGGCAUGCUGCUCGAGUUUGUUAAGCACAAAAGCGGACGGCAGUGGAUUAUCGAGGCUGAAACCUGGCGAGAUGUGAUAAGGUUUUGCCAUUCUAACCACACACUGUACGUGACCAGAGAGAGUCAAAAUUUUGUUUGGAAAUUGUUGCUGGCCGAAUCAGGAAACACGACAUUCUGCGAACAGGUUAUUUCCAAAGCUGUUGAACCUUUGGUCAGGAACAAUUUCAGUUCUCAGGUUCACCCUUCGAUGGAAGAAAAUUACCUCGAGCAAAAUUCUGAGCUUCUUACUACGUUAGCUCUGCUCACAGCAAUAAUGGAAAACACACUGUUUGCCAGUAUGGAUAACACGAUACCCCGACUCUUAGAGUCGAUGGCGAAUCUGGAAUGCAGGAUAAAAGGAUUGUUCGAAACCUGCAUAAGCACAAACUUCUAUGCACACAUUAUGAAACUUGUGUACUUACUGUUGUUCAUGAGACUGAAAGAUGGAGUCAAUGAAACGGAUGGGACCGCCGACAGCCAAACGUGGAAAGUUUUUGCAACCAAUUUACGUUACAUAGACUCUAUGCUGGUUGCUAAAAAACUCAUUCUCGACAUAUCAAGGGGCGGAAAACUCGUUUUAACGUACUGGAAGAAGAUUACUAGCCUAUGCGCUUUAAAAGAGCCUAGUGAAUACAAGAUGGAAAUCCACGUGGUGAUUCUAAUGAUCAUGCCACUGACCGUUUGUAUGCGGCUUCCUGAUCUGGCUGAGGACGUAUUGGAAAUCUUUAUGCUCAAACUCUUUGCUUUAACGAAUACUUACACCCAGAGACUAGGCUACAUGAGUCGCGACAUUUUGAUCAGAGGAGAUUUGCCGACUGAGUUAAUCGCCAAAACGUCUAUUCAAAUAGCGCUGGAGACCAUAGACCUCAUAGACAGGAACAGCGCGGUAAUCAUAUUUCAAUUGAUGUCGCACGUUCUAAAGCAGUACGUAGUUGCGACAAACGAAGAACCGAAAAGCCAACCCGCGACUUUGUCUCAGGAGCAGAGAAACGAGCAUGUAAAUCGCCACGUACCAAGAUACAAGGGAAUUCUUUAUGGCGAUCCAAUAGCGCAAUGUCCGCAACUCUUGGUAGCACUGCUCGAAGGCCUCACAAUAAUUCUACAGAAGUAUAAACUCAAGUGGCAAGAGUGUUUGGAAACUAUUGGCAUUCUUUCAAUGGCUCAAACAAUCCUGAAUCAUCCAAACGCCAUACCCAAGGUGUGUCUCCAAGCACUUUCGCUGUGCAAACUGGCGAUUCAGAAUUUUAUGGCACCAAAUUUGGCCCUGCUGGUGACAUCGGACAGUCUGACAAACGAAAUGCGACAGGUAUUGUACAAGAGGGUACACGAUCCAAACUGGGAAGUUAGAGACAGCGUUUUGGAAGUGAUCAACACAAUCGCGACGAUAUCCGAAGACAAAUAUCCAGCUUUUCAAGAUUUACUUCUCGGGAAUGAAUUUCCACAACUAAUCGUGGACGUGGCGACAAAGGAUGACGAAAGCUACGUUAGAGCAACAGCACUCACCUGCAUCGUAACGUUUGUCAGGAUAAAUCGAAUAUGGGAUGAAAAAUUGUGUCAUCUUGAUUUGCCGAGAAUGGCCAUUGACUUGAUCGCUAACGAAAGCGAAGCAAUAGUGAGAAGAGAAGCGGUCAUGCUUGUCAAAGAGUUGUACGUUCAUAGGAAGUGGCCAAAAUCAACAAUCCAUGAAAUGGCAGAGGCUAUGUCUAUGGCGGCGGUCUUGGAUCUUCACUGGGAAGUCAAAGUAAACGCACUUCAGUUCUGGACUCAAUUUAUAACGUCGCAUCUGAGUGAUCAAGGAAUGCUUGACGGAGCAUUUCCCACUCAUACAUUUUCCAAAGAACAUAAGAAAAUAGUUACCCUUGAUGAGAACGAAAUAAGAAGAAGAAUUUUAAAGGCUCUCGACGAGUUGGCGCGCCAAAAUUGCUUGGGGGUACUCCUAACCACGCUGGAAGACAGUGAUUUUCAAGUAUGCAAAACGUCUGGAGAAAUAGUGAAGAUGUUGCAGGAAAUAUUUGUCAAAUACAAGAUAACUCUGUCUCAUAGUACAGAAGACGAUGUCCCUCGGGACCGUAACAAAGAAAGAGUGGAUUUCGAAGUUUUACUGCAAGCUGAGAAUCAGACGGGUGUUAACACUCGAAGCGAAACGGGAGAGUUUGAAUGUCAGUCAGUGAUACCGACCGAUAUAAUCGACCUGAUCGCAGAGGCCGACGACAUGAGUCUUCUGGGCUCUGUUUACAACCGUUCGAAUAUAAGCAUCGACGGAGAGUCAUCAGAAUCUGAGAAACUCCAAUAUGUAUCAAAAGUUAGAACAAACGAAUUUCUCCACUCGGUUCUCGGCUUUGACGUGAACGCUUACAUAGAGGAAAAAAAUCGAUGGCUAAAAACCUAUACAAACAGCUUCAGCUCUGUCAUCGACGAUAUCAUUGUUGCUCACGAGAGACACAAUGUCAACGAUAUGGACUGUUAUUAGCAGUAUGGAGAUCAGAAGAGAAUAAAAUGUAAUUUAGACAGAAUUUACUCUGUGUAUGGACAUAUUAUUUUUUCAAUUAAGUUUUCUACGUUUAUAAAACAACAUCUGAUGUACUCGCGAUCAUUUUUACGCAUUUGAUAUGCGUUUCAGAAACUAAAUGGCCAGAAUGAUAUUAUCAUUUUCUGAGAAAACAAAACAGGAAAGAGAUGCUUACUAUUCAUAAUUACUCGUUUAAAAUAAUUGUCUACGUAAUCAUAAAUCUAGAAUCGAAAAAUGGAGGGAAGAAAUGUAAAACUGAAACGAUUAUUAUAUUUUUUUUUACCUCUGAAGCAAUUAAAUAUCACAAAUCAAAAGAAAACAUAAUGUAUAGCUACUUUCAUCUUUUAUAUCUAGUUUCACCUUAAUUCUAUAUUUUAAUCAGUCUCUAUUAUUUCUUGAUGUGAAAAAAAAGGAAGAAAAUUUUUUUCCCAUUACCCAAUAUUUUUUUUUCCCACUGGUGAUAAUAAUACUCUUAUUGAUAUUAUUUGACUAUCAUAGGAUAUAUUGUAUAAGCGUUAUUCGAAAUUAUUUCAUCUUGUAUGAUAUUAUAUAUUACUUGGUUUGUAUUUUUGUUAAUUGUUAAUUGUUAAUCGGUAAUAUUAAAAUUGGGAUACUUGUUUUGAAAGAAGAAAAAAAAACCAUAUUUACCAAUAAACAAAAAUCUCAGAACUUUAUGAAACGAUAUUCGUAUGAAAUGAAAUUAAGGUAAACAAAAAAUAGCUAUAACGACAAGUAAGAAACAAAAAAAUCGUGCAAAAUGACAAAUAAACUUAUUUAUGGAAAUAAAAAACGCCAGAAAAUACAAAACACAUAAUAAAAGUAAAUUAGCCAAUCUCGAACUGAAGUUGCACAAAAGUGGUGAAACAAUUCAGUUUUUUUUUUUUUUUUUGUUUGCUUUAUAAUUUUUGGAUUUUAAAUAAAACUGUACUGAAAGAGUUGAAAACAAAAUCAGACUUAUUGCUUGCUGUUUGCCGAGCCUAUCAAAUAUAUUUUACCAAAUAUUAAAAACGAUGAUUGUAAAUUUUUUAAUCACAGAUUAACGAUUAUUAAUCAUAAAAAAUAAAAUCAUAUAAUCA